AUGUUGCAGACAGAGGCCAUCACAACAGAAGGGCUACGAGUUCGCAGCUUGUCUCCCGAUGAUCCCUUGCUCCCCAGAAUCAAGCAAGCGAUCAAGCUCUCCGGCCAGCACAGUAGAGGAGAGAUGCACUCGGACGGACACUGGUGCGGCGAAGUGAAAACAAACGCAACGACCAGCGCAGAGCAUGUCCUUCUCUGCCAGGCGCUAGGCAUCAACCUCGACGCGGACCGAGAAGCAUUCAUCUCCUGGUUCCGCUGCACACAGGGAGCAGACGGGGGUUGGAGUACCGCUCCCGACCAGGCGGGGGAUAUCUCGGUGACCGUAGAGGCGUAUCUGGCUUUGAAGAUCCUGGGACUCUCGGAGGAUGACGCGGCAAUGCGCCGUGCACGAGACUUUGCAAUUGCCGCUGGUGGUGUUGCUAAGGUCCGCAUCUUUACCCGCAUAUACCUCGCCCUGUUCGGCUUAUUUCCUUGGGCUGCUGUACCGGAAUUACCGCCUGAGUUGAUUCUGCUGCCUUCAAGGGUACCAGUCAGUAUCUAUCACUGGUCAGCUUGGGCGCGGGCUACUGUGGUGCCCCUUCUGAUCAUCUCCCACCAUCGCCCGAUCUAUGCUCUUCCAGGUGGCGGCAAGGGAACCUCUAGCGAUUACUUGGACGAGCUGUGGUGCGACCCGCAAAAUAAAAUGAUACCAUACAAUCACGACGAACCGACGGCCUGGAGAUCCGACCCGUUUGCGUCGAUCUUCACCUUGGCUGACUCGAUCCUGCACCGCUUGGACGGUUUGCGAUCCUUCAAUCCCUUUCGCCGCUUUGCUCUUCAGAAGUGCGUCGACUGGAUUCUGGAGCACCAGGAGGACAUGGGAGACAUCGGAGACAUUAUGCCGCCGCUGCACGGAGCUAUGCUUGCCCUGAGACUGGAAGGCUAUCCGCUGCAUUCAGGCCCUAUCCACCGCGGGCUUGAGGCCAUUGAACGCUUCGCAUACCGUGACAAACAGGGAAAACGAAUCCAAACAACUGUGUCCGCGUUCUGGGACACCAGCUUAAUGCUGAUUGCCCUCGGCGACGCAGGCAUGGCCUCUAAGCCCUGGCUCACAAGGUCGUUGGGCUGGCUACAGCAACAUCAGAGAUUAGGCAACUACGGGGACUGGAAGGUAAACAACCAUGGACUCAAGGCGGGUGGGUUCAGCUUCGGGUAUUUCAACACCUGGUACCCUGAUGUGGACGACACAGCAUCCGCAGUUCUGGCAAUGAUUCGGCAAGACGAGCGGCUGGUUCACUCCGCCUCCGUUUUGGAUGCGCUGAAUUGGCUUCUGGGAAUGCAGAAUACGGACGGGGGCUGGGGUGCCUUUGACCGGGAUAAUGAUAAGCAUUUUCUGAACAAGAUUCCGUUCAGUGACAUGGACGCAUUGUGCGAUCCCUCCACUCCGGAUGUGACCGGCCACGUCCUGGAGGCUUUUGGCCUUUUUCUUGCACUCAGUAAAGCAGAUGCCCUUGCUGAUCGCGUUGUGGCAGCUUCUCGAAGAGCGAUACGCUAUUUGUCAGACACACAUGUAUUAUCUCGGGGCUGGUACGGGCGAUGGGGCUGCAACUACAUUUACGGAACAAGUGCGGUCCUCUGCGCAUUGGCGUACUUUGGCUCGGAGAACGACGCGUUGUCAGGAGUCAGGGUUAUGAAGGAUGCAAUCAAUCAAGCAAUACGAUGGCUGGAGACUGUUCAGAACCCCGACGGUGGCUGGGGAGAGACCGUCGAUUCUUAUAAAGAUCCUUCGCGAGCUGGGUCUGGUCCAUCAACGGCAUCCCAGACUGCCUGGGCGAUCAUGGCACUUCUGCCAUACUUGCCACCGUCCACAGAGGUGAUUCAACGGGGAAUGGAGUAUCUUUUGCGGACGCAGACGAAGACUGCUUCUCAGGGAGCUACAUGGCACGAGAAAGCAUAUACCGCCACUGGAUUCCCGAAGUAUUUCUACAUGGGAUAUUCACUCUACGCCCAUUACUUUCCCAUGAUGGCCCUCGGCCGGUAUGCUUAUCCAUGUCCCGCGUGGCACGAGAAUUGGCGGCUGAAGAGAGACUGA